AUGGCAAAAGAUGGCUUCUUGACCGCCAAAGCUAUUGGCAACCGCAUUAAAUCAAAGGGGCUUCAGAAACUGAGAUGGUACUGCCAGAUCUGCGAGAAGCAAUGCCGAGACGAGAACGGAUUCAAGUGCCACUGCGCUUCAGAGUCGCAUCAGCGCAAGAUCCUGUUGGUGGCCGAGUCUCCCGAGAAAUACAUCAAUGACUAUUCUGCGGAGUUUCUGAAGGACUUUAUGAAGCUGCUCUCCACCAGAUACGGAACUCGUCGAGUCAAUGCAAACCUCGUGUACCAGGAAUUCAUUGCUGACCGGACACAUCUCCACAUGAACUCCACCAAAUGGGCGACCCUCUCCGAGUUCAUAAUGAACCUUGGAAAAGAAGGACUGGCUAUAGUAGAUGAGACCCCUAAGGGAUGGUUCAUCCAGUGGAUCGAUAACUCACCCAAGACUCUGGCAAGACAGGAAGCUAUUGCAAAGAAAGAGCGCAUGGAGCUCGACGACGAGCAGCGGGAGCAAAGAUUGAUCCAACAGCAGAUCGAUAAGGCUUUGGCACUCAAGCAACAACAGGACGAGACUGAUGGUGUCACAACAGAGUUGGUCAGGGAGAAUGAGGAGGAGAAGAUUAAGCUGGAUAUCUCGAUUAAGUCGGUUAGUCUGACUGGUGGUCUUGGUGGUCUUGGUAUCAAGUUGGGCGGCGGUGGGUUGCUGAAACCCAAGAGUUUGAACGCGCUUGCAGCCAAAAAGCCGAACCCCUUUUCGUCCAAGAACGCUUCUACAUCCACCGCUACCGCCGUCUCUGGAAAUGGAAAUGUGGCAAGUACAACCACAUCUUUAACACCCACCAAGAAGCGGUCGCCAGUCGAAGAGAUCAUGGAGCGGGAAAUGGCUAAGAAGAAGCGCUUGGAGGAAUUGAACAAUAGCGGUAGUGGGCGCUCAGCUACGCAGCAACCAGAACCGGAGAAGGAUAGAUCCAGAGAUUCGACCCGAGAUGACCGCGACCGAGACUACAGGUCAAGCCGUGACAGUCGAGACAGCAGAGACACUCGAGAUCGGGAACGGGAUCGGGAUUAUCGCACAAGUCGAGAUGACCGUGAUGACAGGGAUCGGGAUAACCGGUCAAGUCGAGACAACAGAGACGAUCGGGACCGAGACUACAAAUCUAAUCGGGACGACCGUGACAGAGAGAGUUACAGGUCUAGUCGUGACAGCAGAGAUGAUCGUGAUCGUGGUCGCGAAUAUGGAUCAUCAAAUCGAGACUCUCGUCCUGACAGGGAUUUCAAGGACCGGGAACGGGAUCGCGAUAGCAGCAACAGAGAUCGCGGUCGUGAUUAA